AUGGAUGGAGUAAAACGCAGCUUCCCUGGCGCUUUCCAAAGCGCCAGCGCCAACGCCAACGCCAACGCCAACGCCAACGCCAACGCCAAUAUGAACAUGUCCAUGGUUUUCCAGGUCUCUGCCGCCGAGUUCAAUGAGACCCGCCAGGAAAUCACAAAACUGGUCUUGAGCCAGCAAAAAACCUUACGCAGCAUGCACGUUGUGCUCGGCGCCUUUAGUCUGGGUUUCGCCACAAUCAUGGUGAUGCGCAUCCUGUACGACGGCUGGAGGGCUGCCAAGUUGAAGGUGCUUUUGAGGCCGAGGAAACUCGAAUGGUUGAGAUCGAUACACACCGCCGAAGUCUUCCCACUGGCUCUCGCCCUCGGGUUGAUGGUUCAGAUGGUCAUCAUGAUUGCUGUGCAGUCUGGAAAUCUCGAUCGAUUCUUUGAACACAGCUGCCGUGGUGUUGUUCAGAUCGUCUUGCCUACUGUCCUUCUCGUCGGCUUCGUGAACCUCGUCUUCGGCAUCGAGACUACCAUUCGUGCAUUCAAAGGGUCGAUUCCGCGAGGGAAAUGGACCGUCACCGGCUGUGCCUUGGCCAUUGUUGGAUGUCUCCUCGUCACAUGGAUACCCACGAUUGUCUGGCCCGGCAACAACCUGUGUUUUGGAGAGCUCAUCUGGAUCCCCUUCGCCUAUCGCCGGGUCCUAUUACCGCUACUUGCCGUCUUGCUCGCCGGCUACAUUGUUUCGGGCUCACUCAUUACCCUCAAGCUUCGCUACGACCCCAAUUUUGAUGCCGACGAGAGAGUUUCGGCGUCGAGGAUGGUCUGGUACUUGAUUUUUGCUUUUGUUGAACACGCCUUGGUUGUUCCGUUUUUUGUCCAAGCCUACCUCAUGAACUUCGACGAAAAGUUUACAAGCUCUCGAGUCGCGGAGAUCGCCCUAUUCUCUUCUGGAAUCUUCAUCGCAUUCCUUCAUCUUUUCCUUCGCGUCAACAUGACCCGCAUGAUCAUCAAACCUGUGGGCGUUCCGUGGAAGCAAAACAAGAGGGCCGUCCGCCUCCGUCUUUUCGGCCCCAGUGACCUGGAGAUGACUAUCAGCAGGCCUGUGGGCGGAGCCAAGGACCGCGCUUAUGCCAUGCAAGACUACUACUCCAACAGGCCAGAGAAGAGCAGCUAUGACUUCAGUUACAAUUCUCCACAAACCUCCCGGCGACCUUCCGACCCUGAGGCGACCUACAUACCCCAGCUCCCUACCAUUCUCGUCAACCGCGAGUCCAAACAGUCAAUCGGAUCAAAACUCUCCGCCUGGCCACUUCCUCUCGAACCCUUGAAGAAGACUACCCUCGCCAGUAGACACUCUCGCAAGCCGUCUGGAGACAAGCGAACCCCGACCUAUACACUCUUUCCCAACCGAGCCUCCGUGGACGAAACCCCGCGUCUUCCCGCAACCGUCUACAACCCUUUCCAACCCUCAAAUGCUCGCGACAGCCGCAAGCCUUCAUUAGACACUGGAAGACGGGGAGCAUCGAUGGCGCCGUCCGUGACCGACGUGGGUGAGGCAUACCGGGGCCUCCUUCCUCCAAUGCCUCCGUUCGCCCGCCCCUCAUCCCAUCGCCGCGACAGCAGCCUGGACAGCAGUGCGACCGUUCAAAUUGGUCUGCGACUGUCGAUGGCGCCCGCCGCGAUGAUGGGUGGCAGCAGCAGCAACGGCAUCAACCGCCAAUUUGCUCCUCCCCAGUUGGCUCCUCCCCAGUUGGCUCCCCCCCAGCUGGCUCCUCCACCACCAGUGCGGGAAUCAACCCGAUCCGCUGAGAGCCUGGGUCUCUCAGUACCCGGGGCUACACCAGCUCCUCUUUUCGCGUCCAAGCCACUCGGCCACACGCGGCAGCAAUCGGCCGGUACGCCGGGCCCAUCAGGGCCUCCACCGUCGUUGCCUCCGCCUACACCAGCGUCGACGGCGUCGACGGAGACAAAGGGGGCCGAGAAAGAGUCUGGGCCUGCUAUGUCUGCUGCGCCUGCCCCGCCGUAUUCACCGGCAUCCACACGCUUCCAGGAGGACGAGGAGUCGAACGACGGCAGCUCCGAGUACAGCGGCGCGCCUUCAUCGUUUGAGUCUUUCACCAUCCUCAACCCGCAGAACAGCCAACGCUACCUUGAGAGCGCGCGCAACAAGGUCCUCCCCCCUACGCCGCCGGCAUCGGGUGCGGAGAGGGGCUGGAGCGGUGGCGGAGACAGGCAAAGCACUGCAACCCCCGUGAGCGCUGGCAGCCCGCAGCGCGUCAGGGCGGCCACACCACCGGAGCGCACAGCUUCGCCCAGAUGGGUGGAUCUACGCAGCGGCACCAUGAAGAGAAGCAACUCGGCGGCGCGCAGUGGCAUGCCCGAGGCGCCGGCACAGCAGUGGAUAUGA